AUGUCCAACAAAUCUGAGCAGCAACAGCAACGGUACUAUGCCGACUACGAACGAACAUUCCGCCAACCCAUCAACAAACCCAGCUCGGAUCGAUCCAAAUCCAGUCCUCCAACAUCCAACUCAUCCUCACGGACGUCUUCGUCCACCUCUCUACAGCCUACAUCACCUGUGGCAGAAUGGUGCCACCAAAUGCACAUGAUCCAACAACGGAAGUACGAUUGGUGUGAUGGCUGCCACCCCAAAGUCCAAGUGUCGACGUUGAAGGUGCCCUCGCAGAAAGCCAUGCAAGCUCAGCGAUACAAUCAAGAGCCGAGCCAUGCCUAUCAAUGA